AUGGCAUACCCAAACCCUUAUUAUCCGGCGGAGCCGCAGCCCUCCGCCUCCGCCCUGAUGCCGGCGCUGCCCACCACCGUAAUUGGGCCGCAGUUCUGCGCUCCGUACCCGGUGGAUCUGGCGGUGGUGAAGAAGGUGAUGACCAUCUCCGACGGCAACUUCGUGGUCGCCGACGUCAACGGCAAGGUCGUCUUCAAAGUCAAGGGCUCUCUCAUGACCCUCCGUGAUCGCCGCGUUCUAGUCGACGCCACCGGCCACCCCCUCGUCACCCUACGCCGCAAGAUAAUGAGUGCACAUGAUCGAUGGCAAGCUUUCAGAGGGGAAAGCACAGAGGCCAAAGAUCUAAUAUUUUCUCUGAAGCGAUCGUCCUUGAUCCAGUUUAGGACCAAAUUGGAUGUGUUUUUGGCCAACAACACCAAAGAAGAUAUUUGUGAUUUUAAGGUCAAAGGUAGCUGGUUGGAACGAUCUUGCACUGUUUAUGCCGGUGAAUCUAACAACAUCGUUGCCCAGAUGCAUAAAAAGCACACUGUUCAGAGUAUUUUGAUUGGAAAAGACAAUUUCAUGGUCACGGUUUAUCCCAACGUUGAUUAUGCGUUCAUAGUAGCGUUAAUCGUGAUUCUUGACGAGAUUAACGAAGAUGAGAGAGCAGAUUAG